CGCUCGGGACAGUCCGAACGGAACAACAUAAGACGUUGGCCCAGCGAUCGCCGGCUGCGUCGGUCACCACCGCAACUUCUUGGCCGAGACACUCAAGCAUCCGCCACAACAACUCUACUGAAGAGAAAAUGGACUACGCGGAAUACAGAACUAAAGGGAAGGAGAUGGUGGACUACAUCGCCGACUACCUGGAGGGCAUCCGGGACCGUCGCGUGUUCCCGGACGUCAAGCCCGGCUACAUGUGCGACCUCGUGCCGCCGCAGGCACCCAAUCGGGGCGAGCCCUGGGCUGACGUCAUGGCCGACGUUGAGCGCGUCAUCAUGCCUGGGGUGACCCACUGGCAGAGUCCGUACAUGCACGCGUACUUCCCGGCACUGACGUCGCCACCGUCCAUGCUCGGGGACAUGCUCGCGAACGCCAUGGGAUGCUUGGGAUUUACAUGGGCGUCGAGCCCGGCUUGUACUGAGCUCGAGAUGAUCGUCAUGGACUGGCUGGGCCAGAUGAUCGGCCUGCCCGACGAGUUUUUGCACAGCUCCAAGGACAGCCAUGGCGGCGGCGUCAUUCAGACCACAGCGUCCGAGGCGACGUUCGUGUGCCUGCUCGCCGGAAGGACGGAGGCCAUUAGCCGGUACAAGAAGACGUGUCCCGACCUGGACGACGCCGAGAUCAACAGCCGACUGGUGGCCUACUGUUCAGACCAGGCGCACUCGUCGGUGGAGAAGGCCGGUCUGAUUGGUCUCGUGAAGAUGCGCUACAUCGAGACCGACCACCAGCUGAGUCUACGCGGCGACAAGCUGGUGGAGGCCAUCCGACGCGACCGCCAGAAGGGACUCAUACCGUUCUUCCUUUGUGCUACGCUGGGAACCACAGGAGCCUGCGCUUUCGACAACCUCAGUGAACUUGGACCGAUUUGUCGUGAGGAGGAGAUCUGGAUGCACGUGGACGCGGCUUACGCCGGCACAGCGUUCAUCUGCCCCGAGUUCCGGCACUGGCUGGUCGGGGUCGAGUUCGCCGACUCGCUGGCCUUCAACCCGAGCAAGUGGAUGAUGGUGCACUUCGACUGCACCGCCAUGUGGGUGAAAAACAGCCAGACCCUGCACCGCACCUUCAACGUGGAUCCCUUGUAUCUCCAGCACGAGAACUCGGGGUACGCCAUUGAUUUUAUGCACUGGCAGAUACCUCUGAGCAAGAGGUUCCGGGCGCUGAAGCUGUGGUUUGUGCUGCGCAGCUACGGUGUGGAAGGCCUGCAGGCACACGUCAGGGAGGGCGUCCGCCUGGCCAACAAGUUCGAGUUGUUCGUGCAGUCCGACCCGCGCUUCGAAGUGGCCGCCACGCGCCACCUGGGUCUGAUCUGCUUCCGUCUGCGCGGCGACAACCAGCUGACUGAACGGCUGCUGAAGCGUCUCAACUCCGGGGGCAAGAUCCACUGCGUGCCGGCCUCGCUCAAGGGCAAAUACGUCAUUCGCUUCACGGUGACCUCCACGCACACCCGGCUGGACGAUCUGACCCGAGACUGGAACGUCGUCAAGGACACGGCGUCCGAGGUUCUGGCCGAGAGCCGGGCGCCCGUGCAGCAGCAACAUAAGAAGAUCAUGCUGGCAGAGACGCGUCGUAACCCGGACUUCGGCACCUCGCUGCUGCUGGCCAACAGUCCCAUGUCGCCCAAGAUCGUGGACGGCAGCUACGUGGCCAUCUUUGACAACAAGGAUCUGCUGGGAGACUUCGCCAAGAAGCUGGCCCACUUCAGGACCGACCUGGUCCGUAACAGUCCCGCGCUUCGGCGCCGCGUGCGCGGCAUGAUCAUGUCUGGGAAGCAGUUCUCACUGGACUCCCGCAUGGACAUUGUGUCAACCAUGGCGUCCAACGCCGACGGCGACACGAACGGCGAGCAGGACACUUCCGAGAACGGCAGCCAGACCCCCAACAAGUGGAAGCGUUCAGUCUCCAUGGUCCCGGCCGGGCCAGAUGACGCCGGCAUGGCUCAGCUGAUGGUGGAUGACGUCAUUGAGGAGGACGAUGACGAGAGCGAUGAUGAGAGGUACCACCAGCGAAUCAGAGAAACAGUGGCAAGGAACGCCUGCAGAAAAUGCGGCAACAUCGUCUGGGUGAAGUAAAUCCUGCUGCAGACGGCAUCUAAGCGAUGAGGACCGUCGUCGCCAACUCGGGAUCUCGACCAGCGCGUGCUCGCACGUCGCAGCUCGUGUAUUUUGCUUCGUUCGUGUUCUCUCUCGCCACGGAAAGAAAUUCAUUGUUUCAUCUCUUCAGGAAAUGUGCACUCAAUGACGUACGUUGUCUAGUCACGCGCGUCGGUCGUACGCGAUUGGUUCCUGCGUAGACUAUGGCAGAGACGCUUAGCUUAAGAUAUAGUCAGAGUCAGACUUCAGACACUAGCUGGAAAUACGUGUCACGUGCGGAGUGGCGCCGCAGGGCGUUUUGCUUCCACGGAGACGCCUUAACUCAAGCGUAGACUAUUGUCAUCGCCGUCGCCUCCAGCGUAAGCGGGGACUGACAGUCUCCGAUAUUUUGUCCUUAAAAAAAGGUCACAUCAGGGGCACCGUUACCUACGCUUCCCAAGGCGGGGGGGGGGGGGGGGGCAAGAUGGUCUAGAGCUUCCUUAGCAGGUAUGGCUGUAUAGUAUCCUAGACCUUACCCAUCUAAUAGUUUCUCUUCGAAUUUCGUCCUUUUUGUGAGAUGGGUCCUUUCGGUACAGUUUUAUGCAAUUGAGCUGAACCAUUUUUGUCUGACGGGACCUGCGCUCUUUGUCAUUGGGGCCUCCUCUUGAGCUACUGGGACUUCCUGUACUUUUCAUUGGGGCUUCUAUGCAUCAUUUGGAGCCUUCUUUACAUUGUCUGAGGUCUCCAGUCGACCCCCGGGGCCUCAAGUUUGCUAUCCACGGCCUUCUUCGGGCUAAAUAUUACCUUCUCCAUCCCUUAAAAACCCUCAUUUUGUUUUUAGAUAUUCCGUCUGGGGGUCUGCAGCAGUCCGGCAUCGGUCAUCGGGCCUCCUUUUGACAUGGCGAGGCAUCCUGAUUUCAAGGGGGAAGGGAAGGCAGCUGUUUGCCAGCCCUAGCAAAUGGCAAACAAGCAGCCACCUCUUGCCCCUGGUGACGGCCACGUGGAUGUAUAUCUGCACGUGUUCUGUUAAGUUUAAGUUGCGUCCGAAAACUUUGUUUGCAACGUCUUGUAGAAGUGCGAUAUGGUGACAUGCCCGCCACGAAUGACUACCUGAACAUGAUACGCAGCACUAGCUGUCUCCUGCUGUAUAUAUAGUCUCUGGCUGUCAUUCUUCUGAAUGGAGAAGUUUCCCUUAUGGCUGCCUAAUGGCUGCCUAGUUCAGGACGAGGGUAAACUGGUCUACGCUGACUCGAAGGCCGGACGAGCGGAAGCCAUUCUGUUGCUAACUGGAGCUCUGCUUCGGUGUAAAUGUUCGCAUUACGUGUUAUCGUUGCUGCCUGCUGGGACCUUCAGCGCCGGAUUGCUCGCAGACGCCUCGUACCUACGUCAGAGCGGACCUCUGUGUGCCAGUAUCCAGGCUCCGCUAUCUGUCAAAGGCUGGGUGGCAUAGCGGCCUUCAACCCUUUUCUUUUCACAACGCACGCCGGCUUCACGCUAACCUGAGCCGUGUUGGAUGGGGUUGCAUCUCCGCCGCCCCUCUCCUGUGGUAAAGCCCGUGGCGGCAGCCAACUGUCAUUAGUGUGGCGAUGGUAACCAGUCUCUCCUGCGUCCGCAUAUCUACCUUCAAAUGGUUAAAUUCCACCGUCAAAUGAAGGCCGCUGUGUCACGGCCGUUUCAACCGGUCUAGUCACGGAUUCAACCGGUUCAACCGGUCUAGUCACGUCGGUCAGACAGGCGCGUGGGCGUAGCUCAGCUCUCCGAAACAUGCGCAGCCCAUGUUUUCUCGUAUGUGUUGUGCUGUAAAAGCCAAUCUGGUAUAACAAUAAUGAACGUCUGCAGCGGAAAUGAC